AUGGCGAGGCAGUUCGGGGCCAUCCAGGCGGGCGUCUAUCUGCAGAUCCAGCGCAGCGACGGGCGGGUCCACCCGGCGCUGGUCACGGCGCUGCACGAGGACUCCCGCAGCGUGACGGUGGAGUGGGCCGAGGAAGGGGCCAGCAAGGGCAAGAAGGUGGAGCUGGCCCUCGCCUUCUCGCUCAACCCCCACCUGGCGCCGCCGCCGCCCUCGGAGCACGGCGACGACCCCGGCCAGCCCCCCAACUACGUGGUGACCCCCAUCACGAGGGAGAAGGCCGGCGGGGAGGGCGGGGAGGGCGGGGAGGGCGGGGGCCGCGAGCUGCAGCGGGCCCCCUCGGCCGGCAGGGGCAGCCCCGGCCCGCGGCGCAAGUCGGCCUGCGUGCUGGAGGUGGAGCGCCUGCGCGAGCGGCGGGAGGCGCGGCGGCGGGAGGGGCUGGCGCGGCGGGCCGAGCGCGAGGCCGGCCGCCGCCACCCCCACGCCGACGUCAUCGCCCGCAUCGACGGCUACCGCGCCGCCCUGCAGCGGGGCGGGGCCGCCCUGCUGGCCCCCGGCCGCCCCCUGGAGGCCGGCCGGGCCAACGCGCGCAAGAUCUCGGUGUGCGUGCGCAAGAGGCCGCUCAGCCAGCGGGAGGCCGAGCUGCGCGACUUCGACGUGGUCACCAUCCCCUGCCCGGGCGUGGUGGUGGUGCACGAGGCCCGGCAGAAGCUCGACCUCACGCGCUACCUGGAGAACCAGACCUUCCGCUGCGACCACGUCUUCGACGGCGGCGCCACCAACGAGAGCGUCUACAAGCACACGGCCCAGCCGCUGGUGCAGACCGUCUUCCGGGGGGGCAUGGCCACCUGCUUCGCCUACGGGCAGACCGGCAGCGGCAAGACCCACACCAUGGGGGGCGACUUCUCGGGGAAAAGGCAGGAGUCUUCCAAAGGGAUCUACGCCAUGGUGGCCAGGGAUGUCUUCUGCAUGCUGCAGGAGCCCGCUUACCAGAUGCUGGAGCUCCAGGUCCUUGGGGCUUUCUUCGAGAUCUACUGGGGGAAGGUCUACGACCUGCUCAACUGGAAGAACCCGCUUAGGGUGAUGGAGGACAGCAACCAACAGGUUCAGGUGGUUGGGCUGCUGGAGCAAGAGGUGGCCUGUGUGGAGGAUGUGAUGAAGCUUAUUGAGAUAGGGAACAGGUGCCGGACGUCGGGACACACCUCUGCAAACACCCAUUCCUCGCGAAGUCACGCUGUCUUCCAGAUCAUCCUCAAGCGGAAAGGGAGAUUGUACGGGAAGUUUUCCUUGAUUGAUUUAGCUGGCAACGAGAGAGGAGCAGACACUUCCAACGCUGACAGGCAAACCAGGCUGGAGGGAGCAGAGAUCAACAAAAGUCUCUUGGCACUGAAGGAAUGCAUAAGGGCCUUGGGGCGCAACAAAGGCCACACUCCGUUUAGAGCUAGCAAGCUUACCCAGGUGUUGAGGGACUCGUUCAUAGGGGAAAACUCAUGCACGUGCAUGAUCGCCACCAUUUCGCCUGGGAUGAAGUCGUGCGAGCACACACUCAACACACUGAGGUAUGCCAACCGGGUGAAAGAACUCUCCUUGGACCCAAACGCUUUCAAGCAAUACCAUCCUAUCAUGUCCAGAUCGGUCUAUCAGCUUGAUGACUUGGCAAAGCCGUGGACCAUCCAAAGCUUGCCUGAGACAGAUGAGUUCAAAGCACUUUGUGUUCAGAAAGAGGAACAGGUCUCGCCACAGGCACUUACAUUCGUUAACAGACCGAAAGGCCAGAAGAAGAGGAAGGAGAUCGAUGAGAGAACACUGGUGGAGGACCGUCAGGAAUCUCUCCAGUGGCUGAAAGCAUUCCUCCACAUGGCCAAAGAAAUAGAGUAUGACAUGGAUUUUUACGCGGAGCGGUUUGAAGCAGUGCUGGCCCAGAAGAUUGCUGUUCUGUCCGAGAUCCAAGAGAGAUUGAAAUCUUUCCGCUCAAAUCUUAAUAAUGAAGAACUGGGGAAUGGGCACAUAGUUGUGAAGAGAUCUCGUGUUCUGUGA